AUGGCCCGCGGUGCUACCGCCACCCAGCACAACGACGGUGACGCCCAGCAGGGAGAACCCAAGGGGUCCAAGAGACGAUGUGUUCAGUCGGCAUGCGUGCCGUGUCGCAAGCGCAAGUCAAAGUGCGACGGCGCCACGCCCUUCUGCGCAACAUGCACUGCAGUCUACAAGACUCCUUGCCACUACGACGCUGAGAGCGAGAGUCGCCGGUCCAAGUCGUCCUCGUCCGCGGCGUCUGCUGGCACCAAGCGCGAAGCCUCUGCUUCUGUCGCGUCGCACCCGGGAGACGGACUGACCACCGACUCCAUCAUCAUCCAGUCCAUUCGCACCCUCCCAGAAGAACAUGUGCUCGAUGUCAUUCAGCAGAUUCGAAGGAACCCCAAGGCUGAUCUCCUCGCCAUCACCAACCUAUGGCGCAAUACCGUUGCCCUCCCCCAGACGUCUUCGCCCUUCGACGUGCAAAGCCUGGAAUCGGAUCUAAGCGUACUCUUGGGCAAGCCGUCAGUCACUCUCACCGGUCAAAGCAGACACUUUGGCCAUUCUGCCAGCUUGGGGCUGGUGGCAGAAGAUGAGGAUUACGGCGGUGGCCUGGCUCGAAUGCACACCGUUGAUGUGCCAAGGCGGGGGACCACCUGGACAACAGUGACUGACGAUCUGACCUUCGUCAACCGACUACUCACGCUCUACUUCACCUGGAGCCACCCCUUCUACAUCAUAUUCAGCCGUGAGAGCUUCUACAAAGACUUCAACGAGGGGCGCAACAAGUACUGCUCACCCCUACUAGUCAAUGCCAUCUGCGCCUACGCAUGCCAUCUGACAGACGACCCGGCUGGACGAACAGACCCCUCCAAUUUCCGCACAGCGGGCGACCACUUCUUCGCAGAAGCCAGAAGGCUACUGUACGAAGAUGAAACACCCACCCUCACAACCACGCAAGCCCUGUGUCUUAUGGCCAUGCGCGAGCCCAGCACUGGACGAGACAGCUCGGGAUUUGGGUACAUUGGCAGAUGCAUGCGCAUGUGUGUCGAAUUGGGCCUUCAUUUGAGCAACAAUGCCAGUCCUGCCCUGGGUCUGACCCCGAGUGAAAUUGAAGUCAGGAGAGUUACAUUCUGGGGCUGCUUCACGGUUGACUCAGUGUGGUCCAUCUGCGCCGGCCGAAUUGCCCAACUGCCGCGGGCAGCCAUCACACUCGAGAAGCCGAUUCUCGAGGAGUCCAGCGGACCUGUAGAAGCAAAUCACGGCUCGUCAAGAGUCAUUACCACACGCAUGUUCUUGCAGGAGUUUUCUGUGCUUUCAGAACUCAUAAACGACAACAACUACAUGUUCUUUGCGCCGAAAGAGAGAAUUACUAGCACCAAGCUCCUGGACUGUUACAAGAAAUAUCAAGCAUGGUACGGAAGACUACCGUCCAUCAUGAGACUCGAGGGCCGAUCUCCCGAGCCUCAUACCAUUACACUGCAUAUGCUGUACUGGACUGUAAUCGUUCACCUCUUCCGCCCCAUGCUCAAGGUCGAUCUGAUACACUCGGAUGUUCACCCUCGCGACAAAUGCAUCGAGGCGGCGAACAAAGUCUCAGAGCUUUCCAGGCUGUACCGCUCCAUGUACGAUUACCGCACGGCGCAUCUUGCCAUUCCACACAUACUUCUCUCCGUUACCGUUGUACACCUGCUCUAUUCGAGGGACAACGCAACGUCGCGUCAAAAUCUCGUGGAAGGAUUGCAGGGCCUGGAGGCUCUCCACGAGUGCCACUAUUUUGGAGCAAGAAGCUUCCGUAUAGUAUACACUUUGGCUAAAACAUGGAACCUACCUUGGCCGGAAGAGCUGAAGGACUCGAAGCUUGUGCCCAGGGACAAUCCCAACAAGCCUCUAGGGACAGCCAGCCCUCCUGCCGACCCUCUACUGGUGGCUCCCAAUACAGCUACGCUUGUUAGUCGUAUGGGUCCAGGGGGGUAUCCACAGAUUCCCGAACCCCAUAGAAGAGGUAGUCUGUCGAUGUUUGCAAAUCGAAAUCUGCAAGUCAACCCACAUCCCAUAUCACGGCCUGGCUCGGUGAUUCCCAACCAGCACCAUGGAUCCCCGAUUCUAUCGCAAACACCCACUCAGCCAUCGUUCAGCGCAGGUAUGCCUAUGGGUUCCUACACAUACUCGCAAUCCACACCCUCGAUGACGAUACCAACGACAAGCACAGCAACGUCGGACGCAGCUGACGCCAUGUUUUGGACGCCACUUGCUGGGAUGCCAGCGCCUAUACUCCCACGAGUCAACUACCAACAAAUCCGGCCCAUGGGGCUGGACAGCGUGCUCCACACGGGAGACAUGGGCGAUCGACUGGGGCGUGAUGGAUUCAAGAUCAACGAGGAUUGGCAGCAAAGCAGCGUGGGCGGGUUCGGCAGCCAUGGGCCCAAUGGGUACGAACAAGCUGGACACGGGGGCUCGUCCUACCCGGUGUCGUAUCAACGCAACAGUGGCCAACAUGGACAGCAGACACACGAAGACUUUGAUACCGCGUGGUGGCAGAACGGAGCUGGGAACGCGAACCAAAUGAGCUGA